ACCCUAAGGUUUGGAUUAAUUAACCCAAUGGGUAUAAAUGUAUAUUUACCUCUUUAAUGAAACCUAUUUUUGUGACUUUGAGCUUUGAGUACUACUUUAGGAACAAAAACUUGGUUUAGUGCUAUCUUAGUCUUUUUCUCUUUUAAAAUGACUGAUUUGAUUUACUAUAUGUCGUCAAACGGCAUUUGAUUAUUUCGAGUGAUUGAGUGAUCCGAAGUAAAAUAAAAGAGAAAAAUAUAUACUACACCUUCAUUAUAUAUUUAUAUCCGUCUAGGUUUGGAGUAUUACAUUAGACAUGUGCCAGAAGAAGAACUAAUCACGUCAGUCAAACAAUCAUUCUAUUUUAACAUUUGAGGAGAACUUAUGAAAAAAAAAAAUCUUAAUGAAAUUAUUCAUACUAGAUCUCAUUUUUCUCAUAUAUAUUCGUACUGUAUUUUUGUAAAACCUAGGUUAAUAUUAUAACUUUCCUGUUUCUGGCUAAAUGGAAUUAUGAAUUCCUAACUAAUUUCAUACUUCUCUCCAUUGGAGCCGACGUCUCUCUCAAGCAAGAUUCGAAAAGGAUACUUUCGAACGCAUCCUUCUUAAUUUGAAAGGCACAAAAGAUCGCCACAAGACUACCUACGUCUAUUUUGUUAUUAUAACUUAAUGUUUGUAGGAACAUAUAAAUCGGCGCAUUACCAUUUUGUUUUGAGUUGGUCAUGUAUUGAGAUUCAAUCCACAGUUUGAUUUCCGAAUCUUAAGCUGGUGGGUUCGAUCACAUGCAAAUUACAUUUGCCAAUUUGCCAAUUAGUAUUACGUAAAUGCAAAUAUAUGUAAGGGCACGUGUAUAUAACUGUGUAUAUGUCCGUAUAAUAGGUGCUUUUGUAAGUUUACUUGUUUCCGUGAUCUUCUACCUAAAUUAAUUAAUGUUAAGUCAUUCAAUUGCUAUGCCGGUUAAUGCCCUCUAGUCACCUGUUCUUAGUCCAAACAAACAAACACAAAAUCUUCGCACAAAAUCUUAAUCUCGUGGUGUAGGCAGAAUUGCGACCAAACAAUUUCUUUAAUUAUUUAUCUUUGUUUCAAUGCAUAAUUAAUAUUUCACAUUAAAAUACUGUAUUACAAAUAACUAAUAUUGAGAUCAAAAUUUACUUUGAAUUACUAGUUUAUUUUGAUAUUUUAUGGAAUACACUGUUGUGAUUUAUAUUUGUAAUUUUUUAAAAGAAUUGAUCUGACUACUUAUGUAAUCAAAGUGGAGUUAUCUUUUCGGUCACACAUCUAUUUAGGACUCCAAAAUUAAGGAUGAGUAGACUGGAGUAGUGAAAUGAUGGGUGACCUAUCGAAAAGUGAUUCGCGAUACCGUACGAGUGAAGAUAAAACAUGAAAAAAGAUUAUGUGAUGAUUGCAGAGUCAUUAAACAACAGAUUUGAAUGUAAAAAUUAACACACCAUUUGUCGCAUGGAGUGGGGUCCAUAGGUCGAGUGAACAAACGUGGGAGCCCCAUGGCGUUACAUUUAUGUUUAUGAAUUUUGAUAAAUUUAGUUAGUUUUUAACAUUAGUUUGGAUGUGUAUUUUAUGCAGUUUGAGUCCUUAAUAAUAAUAUCAUAUUUGUGAUGUGAAUAAUCUAUUUAAACUAGUUUUGAAUUAAUAAUCUUGGUAACUCAUAAAUACAAAUAUAAUAACAAUCUAUGUAUAUAGUGACCAGUUUUUUAUAGUCCAUGAUUAAAACUUUUGACUAAUCUACACUUAGUUGUGUUGUAGAAAUAGUGGGCAAUAACAAGAGCAAGUUUUUAGUAGAAAAAAAUAAACAUCUACUCCCUCUGUUCUUAAAAAUAAAUAUGUUUUAAAAUAAAACUGUGUUUCAAAAAAAUAUGUUUUACAUUUUCUAUAUAAUUUUUAGUAGUUAAUAAUGGUAAAUUGUAAACUAAAAAUAAUAAUUGUAAUUAAUCAAAUACUAUUAAUUUAAAUAUAUGAAAAUAGCUAAAUACAUAAAAUAAUUCAUUUAUAAUUAACUUUAAUAUGUUUUCUUAAUAGGAGUAAAGCACAAAAAUGUAUCAUUUAGGAAAGGAGGAAGUGCUAAUUAGGAACCAGCUCUCAAAAUAAAUUGUAACCAACCAACAUAAUUAAAAUGGAACAAACAACACUCCAAAUAUUAAUUUGAAAAACUCGUGCUAAUUUUAAUCUUUGACUAAUUGUCGACCCAAAAAAAACACCAAUGUAAGUUUUUUAUUCACUUAAUUCUUUGAGUAUUUAGCAUUCUCAUUUUCUAAUUCUUUAAUUGCGAUAUGUGGGGUCACGUAAGAUCCUCCAAGAACUUAUAUUCAUGAUGAACAUAUAUUGGUCAUAAAAUGGAAUCAUAAUCUUAUGUUAUGAUUGUGUAUAUAUGUACCUGUGUCACGUAGUUCGACUUUUAACCACUCUUAGAUCUCCCAAAUAUCAUUCUCGAUCUUUUUGCUUCACAUAUAUAUGAUACAUCAUUAUAUAUUAUUUUCUAGCAAAGACACACAUUAAAUUAAACACACAAAUUUCACGCCCUUACUAGUAUAUUUCUCUUCUUAUUUUUAGCUUCAACAAUUUUAUCAUAUCUUCUAUUUACCCCCCCCCAAAAGACGUUUAAAACAUUUAAAUGCUAAAUAUAUAAAUAACCUAGUAGAGUGAUAUUAUGAAGAAAACAAAUCACAGCCCUACGUUAAAACAUAUAAAACGCAAAACUAUAAAAUGGAGAGCAUGAAAUGCUUAGAUACACUAUAUUUUUUUAGAUAAACUAUUUCAAUACCGGAGAUUAAGAAAGUAAAAAUAUAAUAUUGACAAUUACCAGAGGCAGACUCAUGUGUAAAUUUUAAUUGUGUAUCUAUACUUGUUGCAUGUGUUGUUAGGUCCUUAAGUACGAGAAUCAAAAACUGAGUUAGUUAAACAAAUAUUUUGAUUAGCCGUCCGUACCGCCAUGAAUUGAGAGCAUUAUUAUCACCCAUUAGGGAGCAUACUUUGACCACUUGGUGAAAAUUUUAAAUAUGUAUGUUUAUCCGACUACAUAUGCGGCCCAGGAUUAUAUUAAAACUAACAUGCAUAAAUUCAUUAUUGUCAACUUCAUAGUUUUACCUUAAUAAAGUCUGUUAUCAGAAAGACUACACAAGUUUAGGGCCCACAAGUUUAUUCUUUUCCUAUGUAAAGAUAAGAUCAUUAUUUUCAUGAAAAUUCAAGAAAUUGUGAUAGUCUUAAUGUACUGUUCACCAACAAAACUAGUUACAUGAUUAUGCUCUACAAACAAAAUCUAGCUACAUGCAUCACUCUCCAACCAAUAUGUUUAAAUACCACCUGCCCCGGUCUUAUUAGCCAGAGAGAUCUAAUUGCGGUUAUUGACUAGAUAAUUACAUACACAUUAUUUAAUAUUUUUUGUUUUAUUUUAAUAAUCAUUUUAUAUUUUCCGACACAAAUUAUGAGAAUAUUUAAUUUUGUAUAUUUUCUAAAUAAAUCAUCAUUACCUAUACCUUUAACCUUAUUUCAACUAAUAAAAAAUAAAUUGAAAAAUAAAAAGAGUAAUAUAUUACAUAAAGUUAAUAAACUUUGCAUUAAAAUUAUAAAAGAUAUUUAUUUUGUAACAAAAAAUUUACUCUAAAUAAUAAUCAAUAUGAAACGGAGGGAAUAACAUUAGUUAUAAAUAAUCUUUAAAAAGAGCGAAAGAUAAAUUAAUUAUAAAAAAAGAAAGAGAACGGCCAGAAAUUCGUGAAUAAAAAUAAAUAGAUCAUUUUAGUUUAUUUUAUAUAAGUUUUUCUUCUAGUUUUAGAUUUGAAAUAUUUUUUUUAAUUUAUCUAUUCAAGACUUACAAUAUGAACAUUUAAAAGACAGAUGAUCGAACAUGUUAGCUCAAAAAAUUCCAAUAAUACUGGAAAAGGGGUUCUAUUUCAAUUUUCAAAUAGUUUUUAAUGCAAUAAAUUCAAAUAUCUGUAUAUUAACAAAUUAAGGAAAACCUAUAACAAUCCAUCCAAAUUCUUUUGUAAAAGUACUCUAAUGUUACACUCACUGACGAUUUUCAAGGUAGCCAGCAGACGACCGAUCUAAACUUUAUAAAGUCUUUGACUUAAUAUAAAGUCUGAUCAAAAUAGUAGAUAUUAAUGAAAUGUAUAUUGAUAGCCACCCACCCACUCCUCUCACAUAAUCGGAAUUUCAACCACCGUAUUUGGGUUAUAGAUCGCAUAACGUUUUGGUAGAAAAAUAAAAUACAUAUGAUGAGAAUUAUGAAAAUGAAGAAAAGGUGUAUUGACAAGAGGAGGAAGAAGACACAAGCUAACAGUUGUCCGAAACCUAUAGCAAAAGGUGAUAUUUGAUUUUGCUUACAACAUCGAAUCAGAACAUAUAAUUUAGUUGUUUUCCCAUUUAUUUCAUCUAUGGAGUUUAAUAUACUAAUCCCCAAUCAAUUUUACUAGGUACUAAUAUUUAGCUCUCUGGUAGUAUUAUAUUUUAAACACACAAUGUAAAACAUAUACGUAUAUGACUGUAUGGUCUUCAAACUUAUAUUUUAAAAGUAAUACAGAAUAUCUGAAAGGAAUUAGCUACGGUCCUUUUUGGUUUAAAUCGCAGCAGACGACGAAUCCAAAUAUUUUGAAACGUUUCAAAACUAUCCACAUUCAAACACAUUUAAUUAAUUAAUUUAUAGGAAACUAUACUAAUUUUACCGGACUAGAUUCUAAACAACAUUAAGGUUUAAAUUUUGAUAAUUAACGUUUUAUAGAAGUGCAGGGCAUAUCCUAUAGAUGAACCACCACGAACUUUCAAAAUAAAAACAAAACAAAAAUAGCAAACACUCUUAUCUAUUCAUCCAAUUGCAAGUCAAUGACAACUUAUUUUUCCACAAUCGAAUCUUCCUUCUUCUUUACACAAACUUCUUCUCUGUAAGAAAACUAUAUUAAAAGAGAAAAAGAAAUGAGGAAAAUCAAAUUUGUCAAAGACUUUCCUCUCCGUCACGUCUGCUAUAUAUACUUCUCCCUCAUUCACACAAAUGUUAUAACUUCAACACACUUCUCUCUCUCUCUCUAGUUUGCUAUCUAUUUUCUCUCUCUCUCUCCGAUUGUGCUCAGAGCUGUCACAUAUCACGUGUUCAAAGCUCUUAAGAAAAAAAUGGGUCUUCCGCUAAUGAUGGAGAGAUCAACAAACAACAACAACGUCGUUGAGCUUUCUCGAGUGGCGGUUUCCGACACACAUGGUGAAGAUUCACCUUACUUCGCCGGCUGGAAAGCUUACGACGAAAAUCCUUACGAAGAAUCACAUAACCCUUCCGGUGUCAUUCAAAUGGGUCUUGCCGAGAAUCAGGUCUCGUUCGAUCUUCUAGAAAGGUACUUAGAGAAGAAAAAUCCAGAAGGUUCCAUGUGGGGAUCAAAAGGAGCACCUGGGUUCAGAGAAAACGCACUGUUUCAAGACUACCACGGUCUCAAAUCUUUCAGACAAGCCAUGGCUAGCUUCAUGCAACAGAUUCGUGGAGGCAAAGCUAGAUUCGACCCUGACCGUAUCGUCCUCACUGCUGGAGCCACAGCCGCUAAUGAACUCUUAACGUUCAUCCUCGCUGAUCCCAACGACGCUCUUCUCGUCCCUACGCCAUAUUAUCCAGGAUUCGAUAGAGAUUUGAGAUGGAGAACCGGAGUGAGAAUUGUACCGAUUCAUUGCGACAGCUCGAACCAUUUUCAGAUAACCCCAGAGGCGCUCGAGCAGGCUUACCAAACGGCUCGUGACGCGAACAUUAGAGUCCGAGGAGUGCUCAUAACCAACCCAUCGAACCCAUUAGGCGCGACGGUCCAAAAGAAGGUUCUAGAAGAUCUCCUUGACUUCUGCGUGCGCAAGAACAUUCACUUGGUCUCAGACGAGAUCUACUCCGGUUCGGUCUUCCACGCGUCAGAAUUCACCAGCGUAGCCGAGAUCGUAGAGAACAUUGAUGACGUGUCAGUCAAGGAACGUGUCCACAUCGUUUACAGCCUCUCCAAAGAUCUAGGUCUUCCCGGUUUCCGAGUUGGGACCAUUUACUCGUACAACGAUAAUGUUGUGAGGACAGCGAGAAGGAUGUCGAGUUUCACGCUUGUCUCGUCUCAGACACAGCAAUUGUUGGCUUCCAUGUUGUCGGAUGAAGAGUUUACGGAGAAGUACAUAAGGAUAAACCGUGAAAGGCUUAGGAGACGGUACGAGACAAUUGUGGAAGGGCUUAAGAAGGCAGGGAUCGAGUGUUUGAAGGGUAACGCAGGGUUGUUCUGUUGGAUGAAUUUGGGUUUCUUGCUCGACACGAAAACGAAAGAGGGAGAGCUUGCGCUUUGGGAUGUGAUCUUGAAGGAACUGAAGCUGAAUAUAUCGCCUGGAUCUUCGUGCCAUUGCUCGGAGUAUGGAUGGUUUAGGGUUUGUUUUGCUAAUAUGAGUGAGAAGACUUUGGAUAUUGCGUUGAAGAGAAUACAUGAGUUCAUGGACCGACAAAGUGGGUUUUGAAAUGUUAAAAUUCAAAAAGUAAAUUAAAUCUGAAUAUAUUUUUUUUUUGGUGGUUAAAACUUGGGGGAGGGGGGGGGGGGGGGGGGGGGUGGAUUUAUUUUUGGGAAAGAGAAGAUAAUUAGUUGAAACCCAUUGAUGAAAGGGGGUUUCGAUUUGUUUCUCUUUUCAAGAUAUAUCAUUGUUUGUUUUCUUGCUUUGAACAAAGCGAGUUAAUUUCAUGUUCAUUAAGGUUCAUUUGUAUUGUUUACUGUUGUAUGCGAAGAUGGAAAUCCAUUCACUUCUUUAUCAUGUAAGAUAUUACAAAAUAUAUCUAUCUCAACUCUAAAUCUAAGAUAAUGAUGUACCCAUGACCGGUUCUGAGCCAAACCUAGCAAGAUUUAUACGUAAACAUUCUCUACACUACCAAAAAAUAAAUAACAUUGUAAUUGAAAACAUAUAUAUGUUCAAAAAAUAUCAAAUUAAUCAACAUAAAAAUUAAUGAAAGAGGACAAUUAUAAAUAUGCUAUAAAAAUAUCAAAUUUAUGAAAAUAUUAUAUUUUACAAAUAUUUAUCAAUUUUUAAAUGAAAUUUCAAAUCUAGUAGUUUAUUAAAAUAGAGUUUGGAGUUUUAAAGAAGUAUUAAUUAGUUAUGAUUAGUGGAAUUUAUUAAAAUAGAGUUCGGAGUGUCAAAGAAGUAUUAAUAAAUUAUGAUUAGUGGACAUUGCAUGCAUAAUCCUUGUCUCUUGUAUCUUUAAGCUUCAGGCAUUUCUACUCUGAUACGCUUUCUUUCUCCUUCUUUGUCAACUCUAAUACAAUUUCUUACAGAACUUUCUGUGUUUAAAACUACCUUUCUGCCACCCACAUUGUGUUAUGAUCAUACAUUUAGAAAAAUCAUCUUAUUAUUUAUUCAGAAUCAAAAUGUAAAAUUGCAAACUCCCAUACUCACACGUGUGAUGGGGGUCGUUUGGAUUUUCCAACAAUGCUACUUUUUGGGGUCAAAGGUCAAUUGAACAGGGAGAAUCUUGGCCGUCAGAUCAGUCUCCACCUCACACGAGGACCACGCUGACAGACUGGCGCCUAAAAAUCAUUGGCCACGUCCCACGUGUGAACUAAUCACCAACGUCGUGAUUAAUUUACAAACGUUGGUCUCAUCUUCGUGAUCGUGUCGUGUUACAAGCUGCACUGUAAUUAUAUUCAUGGACUUAUCUCCACAAUCUACAACAACCCGCAACCUAUAAAUGAUAAAUCAUUAAUGUAUAAAGGAAAACAACUACACGCGUACUUGUACUAUCUAUAUUCACAAGGAACCAAAUGCGUGGUUACUGGUUAGGUUAGAACUGUGUUUGUAUCAGUUUUAAUUACCAGAUUUGAAUUAGAAAUUCUAUUUAUAUAAAGUUGCUAGUUGGAUGAUUAAUAUCAUCCAUUUUUAAUGAUAACAUACGUUUUAUAGUUUCACUAGAUCAUUAUCCGCGCUUUGCAAGCGCGGAUUAUAUUAACUAAUUUAACAAAUAUUUUAUUAAUUUGUAAGAGUUAUUUUAGUUUAAAAUAUUUUUGUAUUUAAAUCAAUGCUUUUAAAUUUGACGUGAACCCGCGGUCAAAUAAGUUAAUUCGGUGUCCGAUAAUUCAAUUUAGAUUUUUAAAAAUAACCAUGUUAGUUUUUUUUAUAAUUUGUGAUCCUUUAAUCCAAAUUUUAAAUUUCAUUUUUUUGUAUUUUUUUUAAAUUAUGGCGUUUCCACAAUAAUUUACAACUAUUAAUUUCUUGAUCAUAUCACGCCAUUUUAUAUAGCUUAAUUAUUUUAUUAUAAUUUUUUUGUGUAAUUUAUCUUGUUAAUAAUUUAUAUUAUCUAUUCUAAUAACAUGUCCUAUUGAUAUAGGUGUGAUCCAACUAUUUUAAUAUAAUUAUUAAAACCUUUUAUUAAUCAUUUAAGAUAAAUAUUAUACAAAGAAAAACAUAUAUAUGACUAAAAACAUACAAAUAUAUAAAUUAAAUUUCUACAAAAAUGUAAAACAAAAAAGGACAAUUCUCAUAAAUUAUUUUUAAGUUUUGGUCACAAAAAUAGAGCACAAGAAGUAAAAUGACCAAAAUGUUUCAAUUAAUAGGUAAAAAGACUCUAAUACCUUAUAUAUAUAAAAUAAUUAAAAAACAAAUUAAAAAAAAACAAAAAAAUUAAAAAAUUAAUUUUUUUUAUAGUUUUAGAUUAUAUGUUUUCAAAUUCGAACUUUUUAUAAUUUUUUUUUUGAAUUUUUUUUCCGAUUAUAAUCCCAAAUCUUCACCCCUUAAAUCUAGACCCUAAGGCUUCGAUUAGUUAACCCUAGGGGUAUAAAUAUAUAUUUACCUCUUUAAUAAAAUAUUUUGGUCAUUUUGAUUCUUAGAGUUUAUAUUUGUGACCAAAACUUUUUUAGUGCUAUCUUUGGGUAUUUCCCAACAAAUAAUGUACCCGCCCUUUUAAAGGCGGGUCAGUAUCUACUAAUCAUUUUAAAAUUGUUGUUAAGAAUUAGUGUUAAGCAUUUUUCUUUAGAUAACAUAUGUUUUGAACAUCUUUCAUAAUUAUUUUGUUAUUAUAAUUAUUUUACAAUGUAUAACAUUUAUAUUUUUAUGUAAUGGUUAUUAUUGAAUUACUAUCUUACUUAAGUAAAUGAUUUAACCAUUAUUUAGUAUAUAUAAAUAAAAUAAUAUGUUAAUUUAAUUGAUUUAUCAUUGAUUAAAAUGUUUUUGUAGUAUUUAAACCUGUAAAAAUAAGUUCUAUUUAUUUUUGUUGUUUUAUAAAU